AUGGCGAUUCACUAUCUGAUCUUGCUGUCGCGGCAGGGUAAAGUUAGACUUGCAAAAUGGUUCACAACAUUAUCGCCAAGGGAGAAGGCCAAGAUCAUUAAAGAUGUCUCCCAACUUGUGCUGGCACGAAGAACGAGGAUGUGCAAUUUCUUGGAGUACAAAGAUUCGAAAAUAGUUUAUCGUCGAUACGCCUCCCUCUUCUUUAUCGCUGGUUGUGCUUCGAAGGAUAAUGAACUCAUUACUCUGGAGAUUGUUCACCGCUAUGUUGAGCAGAUGGACAAAUACUAUGGAAACGUCUGCGAGCUGGACAUCAUUUUUAACUUUCAAAAGGCAUACUUCAUACUGGAUGAGCUAUUGCUAGCUGGCGAAAUGCAGGAGAGUAGUAAGAAGAAUGUGCUCAGGGUUAUAUCAGCACAAGACUCAAUAGAGGAUACAGAGGCUGAAGAAGAGGUGAUCAGUGGACUUAGAGAGAUCGGUCUCGCUUGA